AUGAUCUGUUUAGAAGAAUUUAAUCAAGGUGACAAAAUAAAAUGGCUGCCGUGCGUUCAUCAUUUUCACAGCCGAUGUAUUAAGAAGUGGCUAAGCACAUCUGUUAAAUGUCCGGUUUGCAAAUGCAACGUGGAAUGUCCCAAGCUGUUACAUAUAACGUCACCCAUCCAAAGGAAAGCGACGACUGCAUUGCAACGUCGAGUAAUCUCCUAA